UCCUUUUCCAUAAUUUGUCAACACCAUUGCAAUUCUAAGUUGAACAACCCGUGACAAAUUGUUAUCGAUACUUCGAAUAAUGCUUAGAAAGGAUUUGAGACCUCCGUAAAUCCACAUGCUCCAUAGAGAGACAAAUUUUCAACACGUACAUGUAUUCGUGUUUCUCUCUAGUUUCAAGAAUGGGAGCUAAUGCAUCUGCAUUGGAGAAGGAGAUAGGGUCAGAUCAGUUCCCUCCCAGUGAGCAUUACUUUGGACUAGUCAAUUUUGGAAACACAUGUUACUGCAACUCAGUCCUGCAGGCACUGUACUUCUGCAAGCCAUUCAGGGAUCGGGUCCUGGCCUAUAAGACCCAGCCAAAGAAGAAGGAAACCCUCUUGACCUGUCUAUCGGAUCUCUUCAACAGCAUCAACACGCAGAAGAAAAAAGUGGGUGUGGUCGCACCAAAGAAGUUUGUGGCCAGAUUAAAGAAAGAAAAUGAGGUUUUUGACAACUACAUGCAACAGGAUGCACAUGAAUUCCUCAUAUAUCUUCUCAAUACGAUAGCAGACCUCUUACAAGCUGAGAGGAAAGCAGAGAAGUUAGCUGGUAAAGGCAAACCCGGCACCCCUAAUGGGAUCAUCAAUGGUAAUAACAAUGACAUGAAGACGGAACCCACCUGGAUACAUGAAAUAUUCCAAGGAACAUUAACAAAUGAGACAAGGUGUCUCUGCUGUGAAGGGGUGAGCAGUAAAGAUGAGGAUUUUCUUGAUCUGUCUGUAGAUGUGGAGCAGAACACAUCAAUAACACAUUGUUUAAGGGGUUUCAGCAAUACAGAAACAUUAUGCCAUGAAUACAAAUACUACUGUGAGACGUGUUGUAGUAAACAAGAAGCACAAAAGAGAAUGCAAGUAAAGAAGCUUCCUCAACUAUUAGCGCUGCACUUAAAACGGUUCAAGUACAUGGAACAAUCACAUAGAUAUACCAAACUUUCCUACCGAGUUGUGUUUCCUUUAGAGCUAAGAUUAAUGAAUACGAGUGACGAUGCAGAGGCACCUGAUAAGCUGUAUGAUCUUGUUUCAGUUGUUGUGCACUGUGGAAGUGGGCCAAAUAGGGGCCAUUAUAUCACCAUUGUGAAGAGCUUUGGUUUUUGGCUUCUCUUCGAUGAUGACAUGGUAGAGAAAAUUGAAGUCUCAAGUAUCGAGGAAUUCUACGGUCUAGCCACGGAGGUGCAAAAGAACUCUGAUUCAGGAUACAUUCUCUUCUACCAGGCAAGAGACGUUUAGAGAACAGACAAUGAGAAUGGUUAAAAGACCAAAUGAUGUUGAGUAGUUUGUCCCAAGGAAGAUUGUUGAUGGAAGGAAACCUCCAUUAAAACUACAGUUGCCAAACCUCUUCAAGAUGUUUGGUAUGUUUAUCAUAGCUUUGUGUGUAGCCAAGCCAUGCGACACCUCCCUGAUGUUACCCUUAGAUUUCUUAUUGAUGGAGAGGAGAGGAGAUGAGAGUGCUCAACUAACCACUGUCAGCAUUAUAGACCAGGAGAACAUAUAUCCGUGUGUUUGCUGCUCUCUACAGUUGACCAGGGAGAGCAUUGAGGAUAUGUGGAAAGGGCAUCAUCACAUGAAUAUAAAAGAAAAUGGAAUCUAAAAGUAUGAUGAUAUUAUCAGUUUGAUUUUUACCUGUUCUACAAUUUUCUGAGGUAGUUCUCACCAUAGUAAUUUGUAUUUAAUAAUUAAAAAAAAAACAUACUGAAUUACAUAGAUAACGACUUAUCAGCAAAGAUAUAAAGAUCACCCUUGAAUUAUUUGUUGUAUGUUUUUUGUAAUAUGUUACAAGUGAUAAUAAUCUAGUCUCAGGAGCAGUCUUUUUGUAUAUUGAAUUACCCUUUGCUUUAAAACGAAAGUUCACUAACAUGAAAAUGCUGUUUAUUGUAUUAUUUUUUCCGUCGGCUUUUUAUAUUUCGUUUUGGGCGCUAGCAAAAUAAGAUACAUUAGUUAUAAUGAUCAUCAUUUUGGAAAUAAGAAUAUUGACAUUUGACAAUGAUUACAUGAAAUUGUGUACUUUUAAUAUAUAUAUAUUUAUAUAUGUACAUGUGAUGUGAAUGGACUAUUUCUCAUUCAACAAGUAUGUAUAUAUUUAUGGAAUUUUUCAGCCAUUUUAGAAUGCAGACUGGCUGUAUGUAAUUUACUAUAUUAUGUACAUAAUGUCUAUAUCACAGAACUAUUUUGUGGUAGAAAGUAACAAAAAAUGCUAUAAAUAAAAAAUUAAGAAAAAAUAAAUAUUCAGAUAUGCUAUUAUAUUCCUUUAAGGUUCCAUUUGCAGAUACUUUAGUCAAAUCAAUGGGAUUUUAAACUUAGUGCCAUUUGUUUUAAUCUCAUAGAGAUUUUCUUUUCAUCCUUAGUUUGAUAGCCAAGAAGUAUGUGAUAGAAUAUGUUGCAGUUAUUAAUCUCUUUUUGUUUGCAAUAUAUGUGUAUAUUUAUAACAGCCACCACUUUGGUAGUACUAUUGGAUAGUUAUUAUUUUGAGUGAAAGAAAUAAUCCAGAAUCAUGAUGUACAUGUACUGUAAUGUGUGACUUAAAUUUUGCUCUAAGCCCUGAUAUAUGUUCUUUGUUCCCUUGAUAUCUCUUAUGGCUUUAUAAAUUCAUUGUUCAAAAUAUUGUUGAAAAAUAAUGAUAAAAAAACACUCAACAAAGCAGAUAGGUGAAAGUUUGAACAAAGUUGGACCAACAAUAGAAAGUUCAAGAAGGCUUUCAAAAUUUUUAAUUCCUCUACUUUAUGAAGAUGACAAAAGGGUGAACAUGCACGGAUCCAGAGUCAGAAUUUUACGGGUGCGAUUUCAUCCGGAUGAUAUGACCCCCCAAAAAAAGAAAAAAAGAUAAAAAGGUUAUCACUCCCAAAUGAAGGGUAUUUCAUCCCUCAAAAAUUUGACGAGCCAAAAAAAAAAAUGUAAAGUUACGAGAAUCUGCACAUGGGUUUUACCCAUAACAAUGAUAACAAUAUUUUUCUUUAAUGAUGACAUGUAACAAAAUAUUCUCUCUAACCCUAACCCUUCAUGAAACACCCACUUGAACUUUUAUUUAAUACGUGUAAUUGUAUUAUUAUCUUUUAUUGAUAAUUACUCUCAUCAUCUUUUCUCAGACUUAUGAGUAACUUAAUAUACACCAGGAGCCUGUAACACAGCUUAACAAUGAUCAUAGAACAUUUUUUUAACGAUUUUAAUUGCAUUGAUUACAAUUUACAAUCAAUCUUAAAAAUCAAGCGUAAUUCAAUUGUUAACUUUUAUGUUACGGUCCCAGGAGUUGUUUAGGGGUAUAUUUUUAAUUGAUUUAGUUAAGCCGUACAUUCACUUUUCAAAACAUUUUGUUUUCUAAAGAACAUGCUUAUUAUCAUGAGGGAGCCAUAGACUGUGUAUGGACAGAUAAGCUACUUUCUCAGCAUAAUGCAUACUCAGAUUUUGUACUUGACUUUCUGAUUUUAAUUUUUCUUUCUGUUAAUCCGUCUCGAUGUUUCCUAAGUACUUUAUCUUUGUCAUGAGCAUCUUGAAGAUUACAAACAUUAUCACCUCAUUUUCAAUUAGGUCAUUGCAACAGCUUUGCUUUUUAGCAAGACCUAGAAACAUAUUGGGCUACUGAUUGUUAUUGUAAUAAAGUCAUCUAUCGUACAAAUGAUCAUGAAAGCAGUAUUGGUGAACGUUGCUCGAACAAUAUGUUUUGUUAUUAGUCAUGGUAGACAUCCUUAAGUACAAAAAUGUUUAGUAGGUGUUUGUGAGGUGUCUCGUGUGAUGACCCUGUCACAAAGAAAGCACUUUUAUUUCACUCUUGGGUCUCCACUUGUAUACCAGUAUAGAUGGUCCGAUGGUCAACUACACCAGUGUUUUCCCCUUACUCUCAGAAGCUACCCAUUCAGAAUUAUAAGAUACAAUCUGUAAUGUUUUAUAGAUUAGACUGUUUUUGGUAUUAUAUGCUACCUUAACAAAUCCUUGUUCCAAUAAUUAAUAUUUUAGAACACAUGUACACCCUUUGUUGUUUUAAAUGUAAGUUUUUAUUACAAGACCACAGUUUUCUGCUUGUUGAAACAGAAAAAAAGUAUUUCAGUGCUUAAUUAUUCCUCCUUAUUAUCUUUUCAUGUUUAAAUGAUCUAUAACAAUGCACAGUAAACCAUAUUUGGGUCUACAAAGUAUUAUGUAUUGGCUUAUCAUAGUUUUGGAAUGAUCAUGCUUUACGCAGCAAUCACUUCUAAUGUUAUAAUUCAUAACAUGGGGUUGUAUUGAGACCGAACAGAUUACUCAUGUAUAUUCAGAGACAUAUUCUUUUUUUUUUCAUUUCAGCUUACAAAGAUCCAGUUUGUAAGAAAUAUUAGAUAUACUUGUUUGUAUGAAAUGCCACCCAUUACCUGGUAAUGGCAUUAACCAUUUCUCAAACUGAAUACAUGAGUAGGAAGUUCAGUGACCUGUGUUUAGAUUGUUUUUCAAAAAGUUCAUUGACCUGUUGAUGCUCCACAGUAGUGCCUCUUGUGCAUUGUAUUCAGUUUCUUAAUGAUAGCUGUAAGUUUGUGUAUUACACAGCCAAACUAGUACAGUAUGCAAGGAUUAUAAAAAGAAUGUGGAUGUUCUUUCCCUCCUGUGUUGGGGAGAUAAUUAGUGUUGACUAAGAAAAUUUAUAUAUUGAAUUAUAAAAAGAUUAAAUAAAUAUUUCAGUAUAUGCAAAUUAAAAAGAAAAAUUGUACUGGUUGAAA